AUGGCUCUGAGGAAGGCAGCGCGACCGCGCUCUGCAUCAGGAAAGCUAGAAACAUUCCCCCGCGGCAGCAUUCUGAAUGAGCUAAGAGAGUCGACGGCCAAAACCGAGGCUUCAUUUCGACGUGCCCAGACUUCGCUAGGAGGCUCCAGAUUGCAAGCUGUCUCUCCAGUUUCCCUCAGGAGCUUUUCGGAAGAAGCACGAGAAGAAAGCUCUUGGCUUCCAGAAUGGCUGGUGAAAGAGUUACUGAAAGGGCAGCAGAGGAGUCACUCAAUAGGACUCCUGGAGAAUAUAUUGGAGCAUGAAGGUUUUCGGCGACACAUUGACUCUGCCAAGAGUCUGAGGAAAGGAAAGAUUGAACAACAAGUAACCCUUGAACAACUUCAGAAACUAAAUACAGCUUUUCAGGAGUUAGAAAAGAAUGGAUGUAAAUCACUGGAUAUCGAGAAAUUCAAGCAGGUAGUGAAGAAGUGUAUGGCACCACAUAAAACAAGUGAUGAACAAAUACAAAAACUUUUCAUGAAAAUAGACUAUGCUGCAACUGGAAGAAUUCAGUGGGAUGAGUUCUGCACACACAUGCAGCUAGAAUAUGCAGAACAAGAUAUGUCAUCUGCCCGAUUAAAGGAGCUGACAUUCUCGCUUCCUGCUGUGAUAGAAGAAUGCUCUCAUGGAGAGCCUGUGCUACGCAUUUGUUCUCUGUUUGACAACACCUUAGUAAUGACCCAAGAAGAUGGAGUUAUUUCCUUCUGGUCUCCACAACUAAAGCUGAAACGAAGCAAGAUGGUUUUUGAAAAACCUGUCAACAAAAAAUCUAAGUGGGCGACAGAUUUCACUGUCAUGACACAUUACAACAAACUCAUCCUGGGAACUGGGGAUCGUGAAAUCCAGUUGUAUGAGAUGUCCAACUUCGAACCGUACUGCCAGAUCAGUGGUUUGGAAGUGAUCCCUUUAAAACUGGACUAUUGUUGCACCGAUCCUGACGAGUGCAUGAUUCUAUAUGGUGAUGACCAGGGAUGUGUGAAUAUCUUGCUUUUGUCUUCUGUGGGGGAACUCCUACGAACGUGGAAGAAACUGCCAAAAGCUGAAAACCUGCCUAGUAUUGGCAUUGAGAAUGCUGUUCUUUCUCCAAAUGUGACGUACAUUCGUUGGAAAGUGCAUGGGGACUGGGUUACACAGCUGCACUACUAUGAUUCCAUUAAAGCAGUGAUUUCUACCUCCAACCAUGAACCUACAGCUUUAGUAAUAGGGUGUACUGUUGGUGCUACUAAUGUUGAGCAGCAGAUGAAAAAAAUAAAGGACUGUGGGAAAGAUUCAAAAGCAAGAAAAGGGCCGGGGAUACCUAGAAUCCCUCCAAAGAGAGCUGAGGGAGAUCAGACUGUGUUUCAAGUCUACAAAGGAGUAAAAACAUUUGCAUUCUGUAAAAAAAACAACCUCAUAGUGACAGGCGGAAUGGAUCGAAUCAUCCGGAUGUGGAACCCUUACAUGUCUGGCCGACCAACAGGCAUGCUCAGAAGCCACACAGCGCCAGUCUGUUACCUCUCCAUAUCUGCAGAAGAUGCGAAAAUAUUUUCCAUAUCCACAGACAACACCAUUAAGGUCUCACUAUAUACAAUUUGGGAUAUUGUGGACCAGACCUGUUUAUUUACAGCUUGUUCAAAAACCAGUGGAAUUAAGGGAGAGCUCGCUGCUUGCCACUACACCCCAGGCACCAGAUCACUUUGUAUUGCUGCGGAUACACUUGCACUUCUUCAUCUAAGAUUAAGGCCUCCUCCAGAGCCCCACUUGAUCGUGUCUCAUAAGGAGCCAGUUCUGUGCUGCAGAUACAACAAAGAGUUCAGGCACGUGGUGAGCUGCUCAGAGGGAUCUGUGGUUAAAGUGUGGGAUUUUGAAACAGGAAAGCAUUUAUUUGAGUUUAGUGGUGCUCAUGGAGGUGCUGCAAUAACCUGUUUGACCUUUGAUGUCAGUGGAAGAAGGUUAAUUACAGGAGGAAGAGAUGGAUGCUUGAAAAUAUGGAAUUACAACAAUGGACAUUGUUUGAAUACUUUGAAAAGGGAAGACAAAUGUGCUGAAGUCUGUGACUGCACCUACGUGGAGGUGAACAGAAGCAGGUAUAUCAUAGCUGUUGGAUGGGAUAGAAGAAUAAGCAUGUAUUUUGACUCUGCAGACGACCUUCAUCACUUUCAGAAACCUCAGCCCUAUUGGCAGGAUGAUAUAAGCAGUGGCCACAAGGAGGAUAUUCUGUGUAUUGCUCUGUGUCCACCUACUCUUCUUGCCACCUCCAGUUAUGAUGGUGAAAUUAUCGUUUGGAAUAUGAUCUCAGGACACAUAUACCGCAAACUUCACACAUCUUUUCCCACUCACUGUGCUGGCACAGAAGCUGUAGACACAAGUAUUACUCAACUCGUAUUUCUGAGGACUCGCGCAGUGAAAUUUGAAUCAACAGCAGCCUCUCUUAUUUCCAAUGGGCCUCAAGGUUCUGUCAACUUCUGGAGUCUGUUCAGUGGAAUCCCCCUUACAGCAAGCUUCAUACCUUCUAGAGUGAAAUCCCACAUCAGCAGUAUUGCUGUCACUGCGGACGAUUCCUUUAUUUAUGCAGCAGACGAUGUUGGAUAUGUGUAUGUCUACAGCAUCAAGGACUAUGCCCUUCAGGACCCAGAGCGAGAACCACCAAAAUAUGUGAAUCAUUGGAGAGCUCAUGUAAAUGUAGUUGUAUCAGUAGAGGUGGUUGAUGAAGAAAAAGUCCUGCUUUCCUCUUCUAUUGAUUGUACCGUUCGUCUGUGGAGUCUGGAUGGAGAGUACAUUGGGACUUUUGGGCAGGCAGAACCAUGGGAAAUUUUCACACCUGCCUCCUGGAAACAUCCCAGGGUUCCCUAUGAAAUCUUGAUAGACCCACAAAGCAUGCCAAUUCACCCCAUGCUAGAAGGAGAGCCACCUGUCUUACAACUCAUAAACACAGAGCCACGUAAUGUAACUCUGGAAAACUCCUUAUCUAAGCAUGAAGUGAGUUAUAAUCCCAAACUUCCCCAAGUCACCAAUCCUGACCUGGAUAUCAAAGAGGAAAUCAACCAGCGGUCUUAUGCACAAGCUUUGGGUAAAAGAUUGAAGCAGGAGCAUUACAAGAAGAUAAAGAGACCACUUGCUCCUGGGGGACAGAGUACAUAUCACAUAAUCAACAGCUAUGAAGUUGUCAUUGAAAAGCCUGAUUUGUCUGUUCUUGGCACAGACUACUUUUAUGAAGAAUCAUUAGGGGAAAAUUAG